AUGUCAGGUCUUUACAAGGGAGCUCAAGCCUUAAUAAGACAAAGUUAUUCGGAAGCUCUGUACGUUCCAUGUAGCGCUCACAAUCUGAAUUUGGCUGGUGUGCACGCAGUUGAAUCAGCCAUUGAGAUCAAAUACAAAACCCUUACUGCUGUUAAUGACGUUAGUCGUCUUCUACAAUCUGAAGCCAUUACCACCGAUGACGAGCUACGUUUGAUUAGACAGCUGCUAGAAGAUCUUAAACAGAUUAGAGGCUCUUGGUUACAAAUUUUCCAACAGGCUGUAGCUGUAGCUAGACCGCUAGGAUUUGAAACUGAACUUGCUACUAAAAGAAAGCGCAAACUAAAGCGCUUUUAUGAUGAGGCAUCAAACACAGCCUAUUUCCACGACAGCCAAACGAAAGAAUUCGAAGUGAACGUUUUUAAUGUUGGUUUAGAUAGUCUGAUCCAGCAGAUUGAUUCAAGAUUUGAGGCAAGCAGGAUGGUUGCCAAUAUGUUUUCAUUCAUCUGGUUGGACAAUGAUGAUCUUUCUGUUCAAAGUAAAGCUUGCGAGCUUGCACAAUUUUAUCCGAGAGAUGUCAACAAAGAGGAUCUCAUUGAAGAAGUUUGCCGUUUUAAAAAUGCCCGCAAAACAAUUUUCAAGCAAGGAAACCCACUGCAACUACUUAACCAAAUUUUCAAGAAGAAGCUUGAACGUCUUUUUCCGUACAUUUACAUCAUGCUCCGGAUUUUCAGCACUAUUCCUGUGUCAGUUGCUGAGGGUGAACAAUCAUUUAGUAAACUUAAGAUUAUAAAAAACUCUCUCUGUUCAACCAUGGGCCAGGAUCACGUAACUGAUCUUUUAAUUAUUUCAAUUGAAGAAGAUUUGGCUAGAAGGUGA